CUGACGGGGGAAGGUCGCACCGAGGCGAUGGCGACGCGAUGACGGGCCCGCGCAGCUGGAGGGCGCUUAUGGCGCUGCUGGCGCUCGUCGCCCCGGGGUCCGCGGACCGCGCGGAGGAGUCCCUGGACCGCGAGGUGGACCGCCACGACCUGAGCCCCGGCAGGCUCCUGCUGGGGAGGGUCGUCGACGCGCUGGUGCCCGGCGACCCGGGCGCCGACAACGACCUGUGGCGCGGGCUGAUGGGCGAGUGCGCGCGCGACGCCUCCUUCGCCUGCGUGAGGCGCGGCGUGUUCGGCUACCUGGACCGGUCCUUGGACGAAGGCGCGCGCGACCUGCGGGUGUACGACGGCCUCGUGCUCGCGCGCAACGAGAACAAGUACUCGGAGGAGCUCAACUCCAACGGCACCGCGGAGGCCCGCUCCGCGCCGGACUCGUUCGAGGGCGUGGCCGAAGCGCUCUACGACAAGGGCGUGAGGUUCGCGAUGACGCACGACGUGCGGCUGCAGCUGCCGCGGUUCCUGUUCGGCGGCGCCGUGCUGCGGGUGUCGCCCCGGGCGCUGGACGGCGAGGGGGGAGCCCUCCUCAAGGUCGAGGUGAACCCCGACGGCGCGCGCGCCGACGAAGGCCGCAUCUUCUUCAAGAAGCACAAGGAGUUCAAGAAGAAGCUGCUGAUGAGCUUCAUGGCGCUGCUGCUGGUCAUCAAGAUGAUCAAGGUGAAGCUGAUCUACCUGCUGCCCUUGCUGAUCGGCGUGGGCGCCGCCAAGAAGCUGCUGCUGAAGGUGCUGCUCUUCAUCUUCCCGGCCUUCUCGCACCUCUUCAAGUUCUGCUCCACCUACCACUCGUCCUACUCGGGGAAGUACCACCACCACCACCACAAGAUCGCGCACCACCACCACCACGUGAAGGUGCCGGUGCCGGUGCCGGUCCCGGUGCCCAGCCACCACGACGAGGGCUACCCGCCGUCCGGCCACGCCUCCUGGGACUCCGGCCCGGGCUGGGACUCCCCCUCGGGGCCCGGCCUGGACCACGCAGGCUCCCGCAGCGAGCUGGCGGCCGCCGGACACCGCGCCGAGCAGGAGCUGGCCAGCUGGGGGCUGGGCCACUCCCAGGGAGACCCCGCCGACACCUUCAGCGCCAACUACGGCGACUCGCUCGCCUACCAGGCGCACCUCCCGGAGGACCCGCGGCCCGUCUACGUCACCCCGGGUCCCCCGCAGCGCAAGGCCUACACGGCGCAGCGGCACGACCUGCGGCAGCAGGUGCAGAGCCUGGAGGCGCAGCUGCAGCGGCAGACCCAGGUGCAGCAGAAGCUGCAGAACCUGCGCGUGCCGCAGGCCCAGGCGCUGACGGCGCUUCCCGCCCCCGCCGCCGGCGGCAGUACAGUCGCCGUCACCUACGACCCCUUCUACAGCCCCAUCCUGCGGCGGCUGGACGACGUGUUCGUGCAGCUGGGCCUCAGCGAUGAGCCCUGCCGCCAGAGGCUGGUGUGCUCCAUGUACCGCUGGCCCGCGCGCUUCAGCCCGCACAGCAACCUGGUGUCCGCCGAGCUCAGCAGGGACCCCUCGGAGCUGCAGAAGCCGUCCAGCCCCAACUCGGCGGUGGUGAGGUUCUACCGCUACGUGCAGGCCGCGCGCGACGGCCAGGAGCAGAAGAACUGCCUCAGCCUGUACCCGGCCUGCACCGUCAACACCGAGAUGUGGCGGCAGUGAGCUGUCGAGCUGUCGGCAACACCGCGGCGGUGCGCGAGCAGCGGAGCUGUUGGCAACACCGCGGCGCGCACAUGCUUCCGUAGCUGGCAGCAGUGUCUCACUAUCCUGGAGCUGUUGGCAACACCGCAGUGGCGCGUGAGCAGCGGAGCUGUUGGCAACACCGCAGCGCGCAUCUGCGGCUGUACCUGGCAGCAGUGUCUCGUGAUACUGGAGCUGUUGGCAACACGGCAGUGGCGCGUGAGCAGCGGAGCUGUUGGCAACACCGCGGCGCGCAUCUGCUGCUGUACCUGGUGGCAGUGUCUCGUGAUCCUGGAGCUGCUGGCAACACCGCAGUGGCGCGUGAGCAGCGGAGCUGUUGGCAACACCGCGGCGCGCAUCUGCUGCUGUACCUGGUGGCAGUGUCUCGUGAUCCUGGAGCUGUUGGCAACACCGCAGUGGCGCGUGAGCAGCGGAGCUGUUGGCAACACCGCGGCGCGCAUCUGCUGCUGUACCUGGUGGCAGUGUCUCGUGAUCCUGGAGCUGCUGGCAACACCGCAGUGGCGCGUGAGCAGCGGAGCUGUUGGCAACACCGCGGCGCGCAUCUGCUGCUGUACCUGGUGGCAGUGUCUCGUGAUCCUGGAGCUGCUGGCAACACCGCAGUGGCGCGUGAGCAGCGGAGCUGUUGGCAACACCGCGGCGCGCAUCUGCUGCUGUACCUGGUGGCAGUGUCUCGUGAUCCUGGAGCUGUUGGCAACACCGCAACGCCCACAUGCUGCUCCAGGUGACAGCAAUUUCGAUAUGUUUGCAACACUGCCGUGCUCGACACUUGGUUCGUUGGGGCAGACAGCAGUGAAUAAAAAAAUCGAAUUUUAUCGUAACGAACAGUCUUAAAAAAUAAAAAUAUGACGUGCUUCGUUUAGCUGUACAUUGAUUUUAAAUUGAUCUGUUUGUUGUUUACUGCCAGAGAAAGUACACAAUGAAAACUUAUUAUCAGUUCAGUGAAAUUUUCUAGUUAAUUGUGUUGGAGUUUAAAGAAAUGCACGAGGUUCGUGGAGAGCCAGUUAAUAAUUACCGCAGUAUGACGUUACAAUGCCUGUCUCUGUGAUUUAGGAGUCAGCGUACCAAACUUCUAACUAGGUGGUUGCGGGUUCGAGUCUAACUCGGUCAUAAUUCUUUGAAAGUCGUUCCUCAAGAAGCCACCCGGCACAAGGCUGGAUUGUAAAUUCUAUUAUAUUUUUAAAUAAAAAAUAAUAAUCAUCGCAAACCGAUAAACAACCUAAAUAUGGUAUCCAGUGGGUACAGCAUUAGGCUAAACAGGUAAAACCAGGAAUUUUCGGGAAUUAUUAAUUUCUGUACAAUUCAGGAGAUAUAUUUUUAUGUAUUCAUGGAAUUAAAAUUAUAUAGUUAUAUUAUGUCUCAGCCAUAGUUUCCAGUUGAAUGUUCUCUCUUUCCAAAGCACGAUGUUUGCAUUUAGUGCUGUCCGUGUUCGGUGUGCUAUGUUGCCAGAUAUACACCUCAGAGCAUAACAUUUUUAGACAUAAUUUUGUAAUGUAAUUAAAUUUAAUUAAAAUAUAUCUGUAACAUUGUAUUUUAUAAAGGUAAUUUUGGAAUGAGAAUUUUAGAUAUAGGCUACAUUUUUGUUACAUUUUUAUCAAUAGCAUCAUCUGGUAAUAACCAAUUUUUUUUUCUUUUAAGAAGACGUAACUGGAAAACACCAUCUUGGUUUCAACUAUUUUUGUAAACUAAUUUUUGAUAUAAUUUAAUAUUAGUAGUUUGGCUUUGCUUGAGCAUAGUACAUACUGUGAUAGAAUGUAUUUUUGUUAAUAGUGACUGAAUACCAAACAUAGUUACUACUGUGAGAAAAUAAUAGGUAUUUAGCAUUGAAUGUUAUUUUUCUUCCAUAACUACAACUGUAAUACUGUCAAUAGAAAAUACUUUGUGGUCUUGAAUAGUAAAAUUAAAAAUAAUUUAGUAAAACUUAUUAUAAUUAACGAUGCAUACCAAACAGCACUUUUUUAAUGUUAACAAGUCAGGUAAUAUCAAUGUAGCAACAGUGAGUGUAAUUUACUCUGUACUGCAAACUAAGCGUGAGAUGCAUUAUAGACAAAGGGAAAAUUCUGAAUCGCUAAUGCACUAACGGUGUUUUGCAUAUCUUAUUUCUUUUCUCAGUAUUUGUUAAAUGUUAGUGUGGCAAGUAUUUUUGAAGAGUGUUGUAUUUUUUGGCACAAACUUCCGUCUGUGAUGGUGCCUCGGCUUAAUAUGUAAGAAACACCAUUUUUUGUGCAUAUAUUUCAGGAUUUUUGUUCCUGUGUAAACAUUUAGUGUCGUGAAUUGGAAAUAAUCUGUAAUAGCUGCUGCGUUGUGACUAUGGCCGUGUAAGGAUAUAGUUAACAACAAUUAUAGAUAUUGUUUUCUAUAAAAAAUAUUACAGGUUUGGGUCAGUAUAAGAAUUUUAAAAACCUGGAUAAGUCAGAAAAAAUCAUAAUUCUGUUUGUGGUUUUUACUUAACAUCCUUUCAAAAUAAUUACUAUGGAAUUAAUUGAUUGUCAACUGAAAAAGUAUUGAUUGAUUCACUUUAUUGGAAUAAUCUUGUCAGUACAAAGGUUAUGUGUAGUUGGUAAAGAAAAAUUUUUUAUAUUAAUCAUAUAGCAUAUUUUUUUACUUUGAUUAACAUACAGAGUUAGUUAUUUUGUUUUGUACGUUAUGCAAAUUACCUCAACUGAGAGACAUUUUUACCGAGACGCUAUCUAUUGACAGUCAUUAAAUAAAGUGAUUAUUUAUUUAAACUACUGUCUAUAAAUUAUUUUGAGUUAUUUAAGUAUAUAUUAUUUAAAUAGCAUUAUUACUAAUAUAUAGGUCAAUAAGGAUUAGGCCUCUAAAAAUUUACCUUCGUUAUAACGUAAAAGUUUUUUUUUUUUUACAAAUAAAACGUAAAGCUUAACAUAUGUUUAAGUGCCCAAUAUUGAACCAUUAAGUAUUUAAAUUCCAACAUUAAUUAAAAUAGUGCAUUACAAUAUCUUAGCUGUCCGGAUUUGUUUUAAAGAAUUAAUAUAAAGAGUAGUUUUAUGAAUACUUUGUGUGAUACUUCCCCGUUGUAGCAGAGUGUUACGACUUUACAAUGUUUUACUUUUAACUUAACAACUUGUGGCCAAUAUUGUCAAGUUAACAGUUGAAUAAGAAAAUUAAGCGCUCACACAAAACACUUUCAGUAACGAAAAAAUAGUUUUCUCUGAAUAUUUCCUCACACUUUUAGUGUCUAAAACUAAUGGGCUGUACAAUUUUUGGUGUCAAUAUCGGAAAGAAUUUUUUUAGGAUGUUUGAAAGUUAUUUCCAGUGUAAAUGUAGGUUUUCGCUAGAAAUUGUUUGCGCUGUGUAUUUUUAUAUAUUUAUUAUUGUGAGGGAAAACUGAAAACCUAGUGCAAAAGGACUGUAUUAUAAUUAUUUAUAUAUUUAUACAUAGCAAUAAACAAAUCCAAUUGGUAUGAUUGUAGUACACUCUAAACAAUUCUGUGCGAUUAAUUUCAAGGUUUUGGUCCAUUUUAGUGUGCAUUUUUGAAAACAAUAUGCUUCAUUGAAAAAGUUUAUAGCUAACAAAGAAACAGAGGGAAAUACAGUUUAAUCAUUUGAAUAGUCUAAAUUUUUCACUUUGUGAUCUCAUCGACAAUAGGUGGAAUAAAAAACUUUGAAAAAACCUAUGUUGUUGCUUUGAAUAAAAUGUGAAUCAUAAAACUUUAAGUACAUAAAUUUGUCUUUACUUUUAAGGGCAUAAUUUUUAAAAAGUGUCAUACAUAGUUUUUAUGUUACAUUGGAAUUCACAAUUUUUGCCUUAUGUCAUUUAUCUACAAUAUCAGCGAAAAUUUGUCAUAAUUUUCAUGUAAGUUGUGUAAUAUUGUGUGUAGAGUAUUUGUGACUGACGCUCUUUCUACCAUUCACAGUUAGAUGUAGGUUCGACUUUCAUACUUGAGAUAAUUGUACUGUACAUAAUAUUUUCAUUUUUGAAUUAUUAUUGAUGUGUAACAUGUAAAGUGAUAAGUUUAGGGAAGCAAACUGUUUACUAAACCGAUAUUUUUAUACAAAACUUACAUAUUUAUUUCCUUAUUUAUUAGUCCAAGUUUAUUAGAUGAAACAAAUAUUAUCGGCUGCGAUUACAGCUAGAUUUUUGCGUACAUGCAUUGUUAUAACAAUAUAGGUAUUGUAGCUAUAUGUUCAAUGUUAUUUAUUACAUUAUUUAUUUAUUAUUGUGUUUGCUACUGCCAUUGUUUAAGUAAUAGAUUACUUGUAGUUAUAUUUUCAAUAUUAUUUAUUUAUUGUGUUUGUUAUUUUUAUUGUGAUAAAGUUUCGUUUUGUGGUGUGGAAAAUUUCAAAAUUUAUAUACUUUAUUCGUGUUUAAUAUUGAUUCUGAAUAAAUAAAACUACAAAGAAA